AUGCUGGCCGAUUGUUGCUGUCGUGAGUGACGAGUAGCAGGAUGAUGUUCCUAUUGACGAUCCUUUCCCAUGGGAUGCAGCUGCUCGGUCGUGGACUGAGGCCGCAGCGAUGGAUCCUGGGCACUUUGCUGAUGACAAGGACUCGCUUGUUACUUUUGUUCACAGUAGCCGCGGCAUUCUUUCUCUUUCCCCUUAUUUUCUCUCAUGUGAUGAUGUUUCAGCAGCAGCAUCGAGCCGAUUAUCACCUCAUGCUGGUCCGUCAAUCGUCGCACCUGCUGGCAGCACCCACCAACCAGCAGCAACAGCCAACAUCAGCCGGGGCCUCCUUUCAAGCAUCAGCACAGUUUCGCAAUGAUGAUGCCGGUGAUGGAGCAGCGCCGGUGCUGCUGAUGCCGUCGGGUGUUCGAGUCCAGAAGCAGGCUCCUGCUCCUGCUCCUGCUCCUGGCAAAAAUCAGCAGUUUCACAAGGAUGACCAACCAGCAGCACCAGCAACUCUCCAGCCGCCGUCGUUUAAAUCGUCGUGCAGUUUGGCAGCUGAUUUGAGGGGUCCCCACCAAAAAGUCAUCGGCUAUUCCAUUUACGGAGAUUUCUCACAGACGGCCACGGCCGACCGCUAUUUAACGCCGCUGGCCGAGACACUCAAAGACAUCGCCUUGGCCUAUCCAGGCUGGAUCGUCAGGAUCCACCACAACUUGCCAAGGGAGGAGAAUGAAACUUCGUCGUGGAAGAUGUUGGAGAAGGCCGUCAGCUCGGCCGGCAACCACGUCGACUUGUGCAACGUGACGGAAAUCGUGACCAGCCGCAAAAUGGCAAAGGCCAAGUUCAUCUUCCCCAUGACUUGGCGUUGGUUGCCGGUGCUGGACGGGCUGGUGGACACGUUCAUGUCAAGAGACGCCGACAGCGUGAUUUUACCUCGUGAGCGGGACGCCGUGGUCCAGUGGCUGGCCAGCAACCAAUCCUUCCACAUGAUGAGGGACCAUCCGGCUCACUGCAUUUUUAUGCUCGGAGGUUUGUGGGGUGUCAAAUUGGCCGGCGACAGCAACCGACGCCGGCAAGUCACCAAAGCCUUUGAGCGGCUUUUCAGCCAAGAGAAACACGUCAAUCAGUACAACUUUGACCAGAGACUCUUGACGAAACGCAUUUGGCCCAUCGCCAAAUCUAGCCACAUGGCGCACGACAGCUACUGCUGCCAGAAAUUCAAAGGCUCCCGGCCGUUCCCGACGCAGAGGAGUCGCCAAUUGACUUUUGUCGGCGGAAUCCAACAGAAGAAUCAAACUAUCCAAAGUCCUUGCCCUAAGGCGUGCCGGCCCGUCGACGUCCGUCCACAAUGGAACUAUUGCUGAUUUCCACAUCCGCGUCUCGUCAUGUAUUUCAUCUCGCAACAUAUCAAGUUAUAUACUAAAAUAGAGGUUAGAUUUACUAAAACUCAGACAACUUGUCCAAGAUGUAUCUAAAGUCUGAAACUGUUGGCUGCUAAAGAAAU